GCAGCAGGCAGGAAGGAGCGCCGGGCAGCAGAAACCCCAGCGCAUCGAAGGGAGGAUGCUCGGGCACACGCAGCUGCCAGGGGAUGGGGUUACAACCCGAAGCUAAACAAAGAUCCCUGUGAAAAGGAAACGGAUCCCUCCUGCCGACUGUAAGGUAGGAGCCGAGCGGGAGCGGCUUGACAUCAUCGGGCAGAGCAUUGGAUUACAGCAGGCAGGGACUGACUCGAGGAGAGAACACGCCCCUUGGCCCCACAAGUGCAACUUCAUUUAGCAGCUCCCAGGAGAAGGAAACUGCAAGUCGGAAAGUGGCUGCGAGGCUGCAGGCCGGCUUGGCUGCUGGCCACGGCGGGCAGGGACGGCAGGAGGGGGACUCCAGCCUGGGCUCCUCGCUGGCAGGAGGGUGUUAUCCAGCCUGGGCUCCUCUUUGGCGGGACACGGCGCUCGGGAGAGGAGGAGCGGCAGCAGCGGAGCUAAGCUGUUGUCCUGCUCUGCAUGAAGUGUGUUUGAAGUCAUGUCCAGAAGGAAAGUCAUCUAAAUCAGCAUUUUGCAAGUGAAUAGAGAUGCAAUGGAGGUAGAGUCCAGCACCUACACCGAUUUCAUUUCCUGUGACCGGGCUGGCCGGAGGAACGCUGUCCAUGACAUCCAGCAUGAGGCCACCACCAUCAGCAUGCGCAAGCUGACUGAGGACAUGGGGGAGCUGGCUGUGCAGGGAGCAGAAAGCCAAAGAGAUGCCAGUUCUUCUGACAAUGAUCCUGGAGCAAGACCAAAGGGGCAAGAAAGCAGCCCCUCCCCAUAAGAGCAAAAAGGGGGGUGGGAUGGGCAGAAGGAGGGCCUUGCUGUGAGCAUUAAACAAGAAUUUGUUGAAUCUGUGGACAAAAGCCAACCUGGAACAGCAAGUUGUCUGUUAAUGCCUCUGCUGGAACCAUGCUUGUGGGGAGAGACACAAAACACUUGCAAGGACUGGCACCUCCAAAAGACUUCUGCUCCCAUCCCUACUGGUUUAGAGCAACACUGCCGUGGUUGUAGUGAUAUGAACCAUUCUCAAGAUGCCUUAGCUGAAAUUUUCUCUUAGGGGAAAAAACAGUUUCAGUAAUAAUAGACACGCCAGAUUUUCCUGUCCAAGGUACCUUCCUCCUUUGCAGAUUUAGACUAUUAUUUAUUGUUUCCAUAGAUUAGAAAUUUAGGUUGUUGGUUUUUCUAAGCCUCACCCUCAUCUGCAUCCUAGACCUGGCCUCUGGAUUGUCCACAUGGCCCCUCAUCAGGUUGGGCAGUGGGGAAAGGACCCAACCUGUCCAGCUGCCCUCAUGUCAACACUACUCACCUGUGCUGCUGCUGCUGCUUAGCAUCAGAAAAGGACCAAAGCACAGCUCUGUGGGGAUGAGCCCCACCUGGAGACACAGCAGCGCCAGCCACAGGCAUCUUUUUUUCGGGUUUUAACACUUCAAGAUGUUGUUAAGGGGAGGGGAGAAACAUUUUGAUGGUUUGACUGUUGACAUUCAGGCUUAACUUUGCAAGCUGUUAGCUGAGAUGAUCUCUGGUAGGAUCUCACACUCUUCUCUCUUUAAGGAGACAUGUUUUGUGUUAAAGAUGGUUUGAUAAAACUACAUAAGGUGUUGGAAUAAAUGACACAGCCUUCAAGUA